CUAAUCAUCUUAACGGGAAAAGAUUGAUAAAAUUAACAUAAAUUUGUUUAUAACUAAUUGAAAUAUAUGGAAACAAAGUUUUCAAAAAAUUUACAAAUAUUAAACGGAGAAAAUACAAAAGCAUAGGAAUUCAAGCCCACACAUAAAAUUUACAAAACUGAAAUAGGCAGCGGCGACUGCAGCCAGCAAUAGAAAAAUUCGCGAAAAUAAGGAAGUGUGUUUGUGUGUGUCUUGUAAAGUGAGAAGAAAGAAAAUUGAAGUUUUUUUUUAGUUUGGCAAAACUUGAACGGUUUAAUUGAUUGAAAGAAGAAAGGGAAAAAAGAAAGGCAUAUAAGUCCUCUCUCGUUCUAAUGUGUCAGAAACGGAAAACCCUUUAAAUAGUUGCAAAAACACGAAACUCCAAUUAAAAUUUAGCCAAAGACUGUGAUUUUUUUGGGCUGAACAGCACAACAAGAAGCGUCAGCAGCAGCAGCAGUGGUGGUGAACCUACGCCAAAAAUUUUAGACGAACAAGUAACAAACAGCUAGCCAGCCAUCCAGCAAAACAGCUAACAACUCCCACUAUGGAAUUCAUCACAAUUGGCCAGAGUGUCAAUAUCAAACGGACGGAUGGUCGUGUUCAUGCAGCGGUUGUCUCAAAAAUCAAUGAAUCGGGCAAAUCGAUUACAGUGGAAUGGUAUGAACGCGGCGAGACCAAAGGCAAGGAGGUGGAACUGGACGCCAUAUUGGCCCUAAAUCCUGAGGUGCUGGAACAGGCCGAACAGGAGGUGGUGCAUGCCGCCCCAGAGCCCAAAAAGAUAGCCACCGCUCCCAUGAACUUGUCCCGCAAUGCCACACAAGGUGCCAUAGGCCAUCGCACCAAUCGGGCCACCAUCAAUUCGUCCAAUAUCCUCUCAUCGGCGUCGGUGGCCGAACAUGUUGAGAAUAUACCACCACAACAACAACCGCCAACCACUGGUAUUGUACGCUCUCGAACCACAAAUAAUGCCUCACGUUUAGCCUCGGCCACCGGUAGUGGCGGUGGUUUGACCACUAACACCUCCAGCAUUGGUAACACCUCCUCUUAUGCUGGUGCCGGCUCAAACUCAGUGGCCGCUGCCGGUAAUGCCCGCCGUUCCUAUGUGGUCAAAGAGGUGGAACGUCUCAAGGAGAAUCGUGAGAAACGCAGAGCCCGACAAGCAGAAAUUAAAGAGGAAAAAAAUGCCCUUAUGAAUCAGGAUCCAGGUAAUCCCAAUUGGGAGACAGCACAAAUGAUACGUGAAUAUCAAUCCACAUUAGAAUUCAAUCCUUUAAUCGAUGGCCAAGCUGUCGAAGAUCAUCAAAUCACUGUGUGUGUGCGUAAAAGGCCAUUGUCGCGCAAAGAAAUCAACCGCAAAGAAAUUGAUGUUAUCUCAGUGCCGCGCAAGGAUACAUUGAUUGUGCAUGAGCCGCGUAACAAAGUGGAUCUCACCAAAUUCUUGGAGAAUCAUAAAUUUCGUUUUGACUAUGCCUUCGAUGAUCGUUGUGACAAUGCCAUGGUUUACAAAUAUACUGCCAAACCAUUGGUUCAAACCAUAUUUGAAGGGGGCAUGGCAACUUGUUUUGCCUAUGGUCAAACGGGCUCUGGUAAAACGCACACUAUGGGCGGUGAAUUCAAUGGCAAGAUACAGGAUUGUAAAAAUGGUAUUUAUGCAAUGGCAGCUAAGGAUGUGUUCACCUAUUUGAAUGGGCCUCGGUUUCGUCAUUUGAGUUUGGUGGUUUCUGCAAGUUUCUUUGAAAUCUAUAGUGGCAAAGUUUUUGAUUUACUUUCGGAUAAACAAAAACUUCGUGUACUAGAAGAUGGCAAACAACAGGUUCAAGUUGUCGGUCUAACCGAGAAGGUAGUCGACAGUGUUGAAGAAGUGCUUAAACUUAUACAGCACGGCAACAAUGCUCGCACCUCCGGCCAGACCUCAGCCAAUGCGAAUUCAUCGCGCUCUCAUGCAGUAUUCCAAAUUGUCUUACGUCCACCCGGUUCAACAAAAAUUCAUGGCAAAUUCUCAUUUAUCGAUUUGGCUGGAAAUGAACGUGGUGCUGAUACCUCAUCGGCCAAUCGUCAGACACGAAUGGAAGGUGCUGAAAUCAACAAAUCCCUAUUGGCUCUCAAAGAAUGUAUACGUGCUUUGGGUAAACAAUCGGCCCAUUUACCCUUCCGUGUCUCAAAACUAACCCAAGUACUGCGUGAUUCCUUUAUUGGCGAGAAAAGUAAGACCUGCAUGAUAGCUAUGAUUUCACCCGGUUUAAGUUCAUGUGAGCACACGCUAAACACCUUGCGCUAUGCGGAUCGAGUCAAAGAACUGGUUGUAAAAGAAUUACCCGAUGUGCUGCGCGAAGAGGACGCCGAACAAUUGAUGUAUGAGGAGGAUGAGGAAACCAAUAAUAUACAGCAUGUUCAACAGAAGCCUAUACGACAUAAUAAUCACACCAAUCACAAUAAUAAUAAUAACAACAAAAAUGGCCAAAUGUCAGCAAAUGAUUUGGCAUUGUUGCGUUCGUUGAGCGAACACGACAUGUCUGACGAAUUAUUGGACCAGCAUGCUGCUAUAUCUGAUUUACAACAAACCGAAGAAAUGGUCGUCGAUCAACAUCGAGCUAUCAAUGAUUUCCUAUCACAAUUUUUGCCAGAAUCUAUGCGUCUCUAUAACCUAACCAAUUAUGUAGAUUAUGAUCAGGAUUCAUAUUGUAAAGAGGGCGAAGCCUAUUUCACACAAUUAGCUGAAAUGGCAACAAGUUGUAGAGAUCUGAUGGCUGACUUCCGCACAAAAUUGGCCAAGGAGGAAAUGCUAUCGUGUACUGUGAAACCACCAGGCAAACGUUAAGUUAGUUUUCUGGGAAAUCACAUCGAUAUGUGAAUGAUUCAAAGAAGAAGCAAAAAAAAACAAAAGUAUCAAAAGAAAACUGAAAAACAAAUACUCUUUUUCUCUAAAACUAAUUUUAAAAUAAAACACAUACACAAGAAGAAAUGAAAAUGAGAGAAUAUGAUAGCAACAGCCUCUAGUAGUAGUUAUAAUUAACUUUAAAUGUCAUAUACAUAUAAAUAUAUAUAUAAAAAAAAAAAACAAAAAGAAAUUAACAGUGCCGUUAGAAAAUGCACUUAAAAAAUCAAUUAACACUUAACACCUUUACGUUUUAAACAAACCAAGUAAUAAAACACAACUCAAAAACGAGAUACACACAUAAAAAACGCGUUCACCUAGGAGGACGAUAAGAUACAACAAAUUCCCUUCUUCUCACCUCUAUCCCCGGACACAUUUGCGAGAAAAAGAAAAAAAUGUUCUCACGUCCUCAAACCCCCUCACUCACCCUCAUUGGUUUUACACAAGGAAAUUAAACUCACAUGAGAUAGUUUGUGAUGAGUAGAUGAGAUUUUCAAAUUCCCUAUACUAAAAUCCUGUUUGGUAUCCCAAAUUCAUUCUUUGUCAUAUUUAUUUUUCAAGCACCUUUCCAUCUUCACCCUCCAUCUUGUUUCACCUUUUUUAUACAUAACAUUACCUAUCAACUUUUUAUUUCAUAUUUUUCUUGAAACAGAAAAACAAAAACAGCAUUUUUGUUUCCUAAUUGUCGCGUCGCAUUAAUAUAAAUAUUUU